AUGGUAGAGUUUGUUGGCCAUAGAUCGCUCAACGUCGUUGACGAGGAGAUCUUUAACUUGAUUGGAAAGGAGAAGAGAAGACAGCAAGAUGGUUUGGAGCUCAUUGCUUCAGAGAACUUCACAUCAAAGGCUGUGAUGGAGGCUAUUGGAUCUCAUUUCACCAACAAGUACGCAGAGGGAUACCCAGGUGCUCGUUACUAUGGUGGUUCCGAGGUUGUCGAUGAGUUGGAGAACCUGUGCAUCAAGAGAGCUCUCGAGUGCUUCCACGUCGAUGCCGCUCAAUGGGGUGCCAACGUUCAGCCAUACUCUGGUUCACCAGCCAACUUUGCCGUCUACACUGCUCUCCUCAAGCCACACGACAGAAUCAUGGGUCUUGAUCUCCCAUCUGGAGGACAUCUUACUCACGGUUAUCAAACAGAAAAGAAGAAGAUCUCUGCCAGUUCAAUCUUCUUUGAGUCGAUGCCAUACCAAGUGAGCACCAGCACUGGUCUGAUUGACUACCAACGUUUGGAGGAGAACGCACUGUUGUUCAAGCCCAAGCUGAUCAUUGCCGGUGCCUCUGCCUACCCAAGAGAGUGGGACUACAAGAGAAUGAGAGCGAUUGCUGACCGUGUCGGUGCCUACCUCAUGUGUGACAUGGCUCACUACAGUGGUCUGGUCGCUGCCAAGCUGCUCGACUCACCAUUCAACUACUGUGACGUCGUCACCACCACCACCCACAAGACUCUGAGAGGCCCACGCUCUGGAAUCAUCUUCUUCCGUCGCGGCAAGCGCACCACCGCCGACGGCAAGUUCAUCGAGGACUACGACCUCGAGAGCAGAAUCAACCAGGCUGUCUUCCCAUCGCUCCAGGGAGGCCCACAUGAGAACGUCAUUGCUGGUGUUGCCGUAGCCCUCAAGGAGGCCUCGCAGCCAGACUACCAUGCAUACGCCGCUCAGGUCCAGAAGAACGCCCGCGUCAUUGGUGAGGCCCUCGUCGAGAAGGGAUACAAGCUGGUGACCAACGGCACUGACAACCAUCUGAUCCUCUGGGACCUCCGUCCACAGGAUCUCACCGGAAGCAAGUUUGAAAAGGCAUGCGACCACGCCAACAUCACCGUCAACAAGAACUCUGUCUAUGGAGAUGUCAGCGCCCACACACCAGGCGGUGUCAGAAUUGGUGCGCCCGCUCUCACCUCGAGAGGCAUGAACGAGGAGGACUUUAAGAAGAUCGCCGAGUUCCUCGACCGCAUUCUAAAGAUUUCGCUCGCCAUCCAAGCCAAGGUUGGCAAGAAGCUGGUGGACUUUGUCGCUGCCCUCGACACCAACGAGGAUAUCAAGGCUCUCAAGUUGGAGGUUCAAGAGUUUGCUCUCAAGUUCCCACUUCCAGGUUUCUAA